UCUCCAGAGUUCAACCAGUGUACCGGAGAAAAUAAGUGCAUCAAUAUUCGCGAGUGCGCCAUGUUUGGGCCGCACUUUACCGAGCCAGCCAAGUGGUCCAAUGCGUUGAAGGGUGAAUUUCGGCAGCGUUUCUGCAAACGAGAGUCAAUCAAUGGUGUGAACGUGUUCAAAGUAUGCUGCCCACCUGAACCAAUCAUGGGCCGUGAGCUGCACGGUAUGGACUUACUGAAUUUUACAACCUGUGGAGCAAAUUCGGAGGAUCGGAUAGCGCAUGGCAAGUACGCGCGACUUUUCCAAUUUCCCUGGAUGACACUGCUUGAGAACAACAAGGGAAACUUUCCGUGCGGGGCGACCCUGAUUGCCGAGCGAUAUGUGCUGACGGCCGCCCAUUGCGUCAAGGACGACGACAUAGUAUCGGUACGAUUGGGUGAGUACGAUCUGGACAACGCCACAGACUGUGAUAAGCGCGGAGAAGAAUGCGCCAUGCCAGUGCAGGAUAUUCCAAUUGAGCGGAUCAUCAAACACGACGACUACAGUAACCGGUACAAACGGAACGACAUCGCAUUGAUUCGGCUUUCUCGUAAGGCUUCCCUCAAUGAUAACGUGAUACCGAUCUGUUUGCCAAUAGAAUCCAGGGUCCGCACGAUACAAACGAAUUAUGUAGUCGCUGGCUGGGGUACCACACACGAUAGUGUGUCCUCUGCCAAGCUUCAGUACGCCAUUCUGACCCUGAUGCCCAACGACAAAUGCCUAGCGCGGUUGCGUCUCGAAGAUCGCUACGUCAGGGUAGAAGAAAGCCAGCUAUGCGCGAUCGGAGCCAAUAUGAGUGACAACUGCUCAGGAGAUUCGGGUGGACCGCUGAAAACGAUCAGCGUUAGUGGUCAGUACGUGCAGUACGGGGUCGUGUCGUUUGGCCUGAACACUUGUGGAAAACUGAGCGCCCCUGGUGUAUAUACGCGCGUCGAAAACUUUAUCGACUGGAUUCUGGAAAACAUGGAGGAAUAAUGCGAGCAAGGCACUCCUAGGCUCCAGCUAUGAUAACGCACCUUCAUUGGCCUUCGUACUUAAUGUCGUCCUUUCGUAUUUAUGUUAAUCUUUUUCGAGAAUCUUCGAUCUUACUUAGAAAAGUAAGUUUAAGCUUAUUGAAUCAAUUGAGAU